UAGUUUUCGCAACCAAAGGGAUUUUUUCAACGCUUCAAACGUAGCAAAGAGACUCCCGGGAUCCCGACCCUCAGCCAAGCCUGCUUUCUUGGAGAUGAUCGUGAGCAAGCAACUGUAGUCUUUAGUAGUCUUUAGUCGCACCUGUGGCCUGAAACCAUGGCCAAAACGUACGACUUCUUGUUCAAACUUCUCCUGAUCGGCGACAGCGGCGUUGGGAAAACUUGCAUUCUAUUUCGCUUUUCCGAGGAUGCGUUCAAUUCUACAUUCAUUUCCACCAUAGGAAUUGAUUUCAAGAUUCGAACAAUCGAGCUGGAUGGAAAGAAGAUCAAACUCCAGAUAUGGGAUACUGCUGGACAGGAGAGAUUCCGCACAAUCACUACGGCGUAUUAUCGUGGUGCUAUGGGAAUUAUGCUCGUCUACGACAUUACCAACGACAAGUCUUUCGACAACAUCAAGAACUGGAUACGAAAUAUUGAAGAGCACGCAUCGGCGGAUGUGGAGCGGAUGAUUCUAGGCAACAAGUGUGAUAUGGAUGAGAAGAGAACAGUAAGCAAGGAGAGAGGUGAGCAGCUGGCUGUCGAGUAUGGUGUCAAAUUCAUGGAGACCAGCGCCAAGGCAAGCAUUAAUGUCGAGGAGUCAUUCAUUAUGCUAGCACGAGAUAUCAAAACCAAAAUGGAUCGUAAACUUAAUCAAGCGGAUCCUCCUCCAAGCAGUGGAGUCAGUAUGGAGAAGAACGAUUCAUCAGCGAAGGCUCCUGCUAAGGGAGGACUUUCAUUUUGCUCGCUUGUGUAGUUAAGCAACCACGUCACACCUGUGUGUUUGCGUGUGUUCUUAUGCACAUCUCAACCGUGUACAGUGUACGAGGCACAAGAGAGAGAGAGUGUGUGUGUGUGUGUGUGUGUGUGUGUGUGUGUGUGUGUGUGAGUGUGUUUGUGUUUGCACAUGUGUUUGUGUGGUAUGUAGUGCAUAGUAUGUGUGUAUGUGCACAUAAUUAUGGUGUUACUUGUGUGUGUGUGUGUGCGUGUGUGCAUGCGUGUGAGUGUGUUCUUUUAGCUCUAGCAAGAGGUAGUAUGCUUUGUGUGUUGGUGCUGCCAGCUUUACACUUGAUAGAGAGUUCACAGAAGUGCUUUAUCCUGUAUUUCCCUCUUUCUAUCAAUUUCUUACUCUACUAUUGCACAAACAUAACACCUGCUGCUUCUGCCGCUACCCUGCGACCAUGCUUUCCCCAUAUGCUGUUUAUAACACUGCUGUUUUCAUUUACACCUCCCCUCCCCAGAAAUGCAGAGGCGAUAGCAUAUUCUACUUGUUGCACCCAUCAUGACCUGAAUUGUCUGUGUGCGCGGUUGCAACCGUUGUGCUCACCUCUGCUGGUAGCAGUCCUGAUCCGCUUUGGAUAUAUUGAGAGGACCUUGCAACGUUUCUUUUCAUAUUUUCCCUUCUUUUUUUUUCUUCCUUUUUAGCUCCCAUGAAUUGUACACGGUUGGGCAUUCCUCCAAUGGAAAGGGUAUCUCCAGCUAAAUGAUGUGUGCAACUACAGUAUUGUAGCCAGUUUUGAUUUAAAAAAACAUUCAUAUUGAAUUUUAAAUAGCUUCAGUAUGACAACUGUAUGAUCGUUCUUUUCUUUUAGUGAUAAAGUUGUGGUGUGUCAUGGAUGUCACAAAGCAUGAUGACUUCAUUA